AACCAGGAGGGGCACAGCACUCGAGAUUUUGCGAUCGCGAACCUCUUCGGCUUCCUUGGCUGGGCACCCUCGCCAGACAUGGACCAGAAUUACCCGUGCUCGCAGCAGCUGACCCUCGAAUUUCUGCGCGCAUAUGGGAGAGCGGACUCGAUCGAUUGCCCAGAAUGCCUCGCGACCCCUUGAUUGGCCUGGUUGGCAAGCCCAGCGCGGGCAAGUCAAGCACACUCAACUCUCUUACAGACGCAACCUCCAAAGUCGGAAACUUCCCCUUCACAACUAUCGAUCCUCAAAGAGCGAUCGGCUACCUUCAGAUCGACUGCGCUUGCGCCAGGCAUGGCGUCCAGGAGCGUUGCAAGCCUAAUCACGGCUCGUGCGUCGACGGCCGGCGGUCGGUACCUAUCGAGCUCCUCGACGUCGCUGGGCUCGUCCCUGGGGCUCACCAAGGAAAAGGGUUGGGCAACAAGUUCCUCGACGAUCUACGGCACGCUGAUGCGCUGAUACACGUGGUGGACGCGUCGGGGACAACAGACGCUGAAGGAAAGAACACGCGUGGCUACGAUCCUUCGGUCGACAUUGCCUGGUUGCGCUCUGAGGUGGUUGCUUGGAUCAGAGGAAACCUGAUGGAGAAAUGGGGCAGCAUCCGCCGCCGCCAUGUCGCGGCCAAACACACGGCCGUCGAGACUCUGCAGGCGCAGUUUAGCGGUUACGGCAGUACGGCGCGCGUAGUGGCGCGCACCCUAGACCGUCUGGCGCUCAAGGAGCCGCUCGAAAGCUGGGAUGAGGCCACGAUCGACCGUGUGGUCAACGCAUUUACCGACGAAAAGUUCCCGACGGUGAUCGCACUGAACAAGAUCGACCACCCUGAUUCGGACAAGAACGUGGCCAAGAUCGCAAAGAUGCAGGACCCCAACCGCAUCAUUCUAUGCUCGGCCGUGUCGGAGAUAUUCCUGCGCAAGAUGACUAAACAGGGCUACAUCCGCUACACUGAGGGCAGCGAAUUUGUCGACACAAGGGAGGAUCUGAUCGAGGCCGGUGACCCCGAAGGCGGCGGGCUCAAGGAGCUCGAUGACAAGAACCGGAACCGAAUAGAGAACCUUCGAGAUAUGGUCCUGUACCGGUUCGGUUCGACGGGCGUUGUGCAGGUGCUGUCCAAGGCCGCCGAAGUGCUCGGCCUUGUGCCCGUGUAUCCGGUACGGAACACAACCACAUUCGGGUCGGGUGCUUCCGAGUCCAAGUUUGUCUUUCGGGACUGCGUUCUGGUCAAGAAGAACUCUACGGUUGGCGAGGUCGCAAGGAAAUGCGUCGGCGACGCACCCGUGGCCUACAUUGAAGGUGUUGGGGGCAUGAGGGUAUCUGAGGACGAUUUGAUUGCGGUUGGUAAGAAUGAUAUCCUUUCUUUCAAGAUGGGGCGCGGAUGAGUGGGCUGGAAUCGAUAUUGUGCAGAGUGUGCCAGGCGAUGAUAAGACGUGAAGAGAAUAGUUAUCCCAGUGAAAGGUCUCCUGGCAUAUUGCAGGGAGAGCAUAUGCAUCGCACGUGGAGCAACAGCCUUUUCAAUGUCACGUCUGGUCCUCAGGCAAUCUCAGAUCGGUCAGGUCAUAAUUUCUCAAGUGGUCCUCUAAUCCUUGGCUCUGAUUCAGCUACACUACACUCGAUAGAGGCUAGCUAAUAGAUUUGAAGGGAUGAGCGCGGAUAGCGUGGUGGGCGGUUGGGAAAACAUGGCGGCUGGAGGCGUGGGCGGAAUGAUGUCAUCUUAGCGACAGAUGAGCGCUAGCAACCGACUCGACAAUUAUUCGUUGACCCAAUUGAGGGAGGUUCCCGCAGGGCCACAGUCCGCAGCUGGUCAAACUGAUAGGUCAACAAAGCGCGUCAGGAUCCGAGCGGC